GUCACCAGGCACGACAGUGGGUUCCGAGUCAACUGGCAUGACCACGGGCACUGGGUCAGACAUUGGAUCGUCUGGCUUGACAGCGGGCAUCGGGUCACCAGGCAUCAGGUCAUUUGGCUCGCCAGCGGGCACCGCGUCAUCUGGCAAGGCAGUGGGCACCGAGUCACCAGGCACUACAGUGGGCUCUGAGUCAAUUGGCACGACAGCGGGCACCGGGCAUCGGGUCACCAGGCAU